GGUCUUUUUAAAAAACACAAACACACACGCACACACACACAAGUUAUCGCCAAUUUCGUUUUCCAUAUCGCGGCCGCCUUCCGGGAACAGUCGGAAGGAUAUUGACAAAUGUCCUCGUCGUCAAAGAAACUUUCCGCCCUCCUCCUUGUUCUAUGUGCUAGCAGCGCUUCCCUUGGAUGGGCACAUCCCCACUCGUCUCAUGGAUCGGGCCGAUCUCGCACGCCUGCUGCAUCACGGACCCACGGCAAUUUUGGACCAUCGCUGGGACAUCAAUCCUAUGAGCACGGAAUCCUUCAGGAAUCGGCUUUCGUGACUUUUUUGACACAGACUCCGUCCGGCGACAACCCAAUCGACAUUGCAAUCAAAUAUGCUGCUGGAAAGUCUGGCGUGUCCCAAGACCAGCUCCGCGUCUCUAGUUCCCACACAACGGACCACUCUGGUGUGACCCACGUUUACCUUCAGCAAUACGCUAACGGAAUUCCCGUAGUAAAUGGAGUCGCCAAUGUCAAUGUCGACAAAUUUGGUCGCAUCAUCUCCUUUGGAAAUUCGCUGUUCACGGGCUCAACUGAAGCGGUGGAGGCUUCGUUCACCAAGCAACGUCCCUUCAGCGCGUUGUUGAUUGACAAUCUGGAUUCCUCGGAGGUACCUGCUCCCCAAAAACAUGGAAGCUUACAGGCUGAUCAGGUUCAGCUCGGCCCGGCCGAUGCUGUUCUCGCCUUGGCCAAAUUUUUAAAUUUGGAGAUCAACGAGCUGAUGCUGCAAGAGACGCCAGUAGACAGCUUCGCGCCAGGGAAAGAUGAUGGCCCAUCGUUUGCUGUCAGUGGAGCAUCCUUUGCGCUAGGAGCUAUUCCCGCCAAACUCAAGUAUAUUCAGCAAGAGGACGGAAAACAUAUCUCUCUGGUGUGGGAUCUGGAAGUGGAAAUGCAAGAGAACUGGUACAAUGCCUUCGUGCACUCUGGUACUGGCGACGUUGUGCAGCUCAUCGACUGGGUCUCUGACGCUACCUACCAUGUUUUCCCGCUUGGCAUUAAUGACCCUGAGUCGGGAGACCGCGUACUCGUCCGAGAUCCCGCGCACCCAUUAGCAUCCCCUAUGGGAUGGCACAAUCAAGGAAACGGGGGCCAGCACACCGUCACCAUUGGUAACAAUGUGUAUGCUCACGAAAAUUUGGAGGGAACAUCAAGCUGGGUAGAUAAUCACAGACCCGAUGGAACGGUUUCUCUCACUUUUGACUUCCCGAUCGACUUUAAAAAACAACCGAGUACCUACCUUGACGCGGCCAUUGUGAACCUCUUUUACUGGAACAACGCCAUUCACGAUCUGCUUUAUGUCUACGGAUUCGACGAAAAGGCCGGCAACUUCCAACAUGAUAAUAUUGGACGCGGUGGGAAGGGUGGGGACGCUGUCAUUGCCAAUGCGCAGGAUGGAUCUGGAUACAACAAUGCAAACUUUGCUACGCCCCCUGAUGGACGCCAGCCUCGCAUGCGCAUGUACGUCUGGGAUGUGACGCGGCCAUUCCGCGAUGGAGACCUUGAAGGCGGCAUUGUGAUGCACGAAUACUGCCAUGGUCUGUCGAUUCGAUUGACUGGAGGACCAAUGAACGUUGGUUGUCUUGGGUGGGGCGAAAGUGGUGGCAUGGGAGAAGGAUGGGGCGACUUUUUUGCGACUGUCACGCGUACAACGCCCAAUUCGACUCGGCAUGACAACUUUGGCAUGGGUGAAUAUGCCAAUGGUGGAUAUGGGAUCCGAAAGUACAAGUACUCAACAGAUAAAUCAAUUAACCCCUCCACGUACGGUUUCAUCACCCGCCCCGGUUACUGGGGAGUGCAUGCGAAGGGUGAGGUGUGGGCCGAGAUCCUCUACGAAGUCUUCUGGAACCUUGUCGACAAGCACGGCUUUGACCCCGACUGGUUCAAUACUGGUUACAAAGUUUCUCCCUCUGAAACCCACUACCGUGACUUCCGCACGGGCCAACUUCAACCGCGUCGCAAAGAUCCAAAGCAAAAUACCAAAGGUGGCAAUAUCCUUGCCUUGCAACUCGUUGUGGACGGCAUGAAGCUCCAACCCUGCUACCCAACCUUUGUGGACGCGCGAGAUGCCAUUUUGCAAGCCGAUGAAUUGAACAAUGAUGGCGAGAACCUUUGUACACUUUGGGAAGCGUUCGCCAAGCGCGGGCUCGGCGUCGAUGCUAAAAAUGGCGGAAAGGAAAGUUUCAAAGUCCCCAAGAAGUGCAGCAACUGAAAUUCAACGAACCAGUGCGUGUAGAAGAUAGUAACUUUUAUUGUCAUUUAGACUAUGGACAAUUUCCUGUUGUGGGAUAGACAUUUAGGCGCGCAAUCUUAGUAUCUACAUCGUUUCGUUGUAUGAACGGGUCGCGAUGCGAUUGGCUAUUGUAACUGAUCUUUAUUCGUAUAUAUAUAUUCAUGUCUUUCUUUUGUAUAUGCUUUGGCCAGAAUAGACGGUAUGUUCCGGUCGUGAGGGGCA